CUAAUAGUCUCCCUCAUUUGGGGCCGAAAGGAAGGAGGAAAAACGCACACAUCUGCCCCCCUGUGUGAAAACCCUCCUCCGCUGGCAACCAUCUUCUCUUCCUCAGGAAAUGGGUUGGAAUUUGUUUUUCUGGCUUAUAAUUUGUUUCCCACUCAACCUUGCUCUUCUUGCUUCCACUUGUUAUCAGAUUCUGAUCUUAACAGACUUGGAGGCUGACUAUGUCAACCCAUAUGAGGCUUCCUCCCGGGUCAAUUACUUCGUUGUUCCUGAGUUUAUUGGGCAGGCGGCACUCUGCGCUCUUUUCCUCCUCACUGGGCACUGGUUCAUGAUCUUGGUCACAGUUCCUGUCACUGGCUACCAUGUGAUGCUGUAUGCGAAACAGCAGCAUCUUCUUGAUGUCACUGAAAUGUUUAGGGCAGUUCAUGCCGAGAAGAAAUACCGGAUAGUCAAGUUUGCCUUGUAUCUUUUGACUCUUGCUGUUGUUGUCUUCAGGAUUAUCGCUGCAGGAAUAAUAUUAUUUCACAAUUUCAAGUUUGAGGAUGUCCGGUCUACACUUUUUGAGUUCUAGAAAAAGUCUGUAGUCCUUCUGAAAUGUGUAAUUGGCACUGUUAUGUGGAUCAUUAGCAUUUGAUCUCAUGUAAAGACUAACUAUUCAAGUUACUGGGUUUUUUUUUUUUUCCUUUUUGAAUAGAAAGUGAUUCUUUAAGACCAAAAGGUCACAAGAUCAAAAUACAUCAGAGUGUUCAUUUCUUUCCCCUUCCUCUUCGCUAAUGAAAGAUGGAGGAUGGUUAAAGAAAUAGCUAUCAGAGGACAGUUAGCUGGGGUUUAGAGGCUUCUAGAAUCAUUAUGCUUGAAAUUUUAUGAAAUAAACUUACUUUUCCUUGGAUUGUAUA